GUUGAGAGCAGUAGAGAGGAGAGGAAAGAGUCGUUUUACCGCGUUAAAAAUUCUCUCCGCAUCAUUACAGGCGCUCACAACAGGCAAAGCCGCUCGACGCAUCGGCACGUGACCGUCAGAAUAAGGACGAUCCGCAUCAUUGCCUCAGCAUGGAUAACACAUUCGAUGACGAGUUUCAAACAGCGGCCAACUGGCUGAUGUCCAAAACAUCUUCCCGGCCCACCGUGGGCAUCGUGUGCGGUUCGGGUUUGGGCGGUCUGGCUGAAAUACUCAAAGAGCGUCAAAUCUUCAAGUAUGCCGACAUUCCCAACUUCCCACAAAGCACAGUGCACGGCCACGCCGGUCAGCUGGUUUUUGGAACACUCAAGGGAAAGGCCUGCGUUUGCAUGCAGGGCAGGUUCCACCUGUACGAGGGAUACCCCGUCCAAAAGGUGGCGCUGCCCAUGCGCGUCUUCAAGCUGAUGGGUGUGGAGACAGUGAUCCUGACCAACGCGGCUGGCGGCCUCAACCGGGACUACAAGGUGGGCGAUGUCAUGAUCAUCAAAGACCACAUCAACAUCCCGGGAUUCGCCGGAGUCAACCCCCUGGUGGGACCCAACCACGACAGGUUCGGAGUGCGCUUCCCUUGUAUGUCAGACGCAUACGACCGUGACCUGUGCAAGCUGGCACGCGAGGUGGCGGCUGAGCUGGAUUUUUCCCACUUUAUGCGCGAGGGGGUCUACUGCGUGGUGGGAGGGCCCUCCUUCGAGACCAUCGCCGAGUGCCUCAUGUUACACCAGCUCGGGGCCGACGCCGUGGGCAUGAGCACGGUGCACGAGGUGAUCGCGGCGCGCCACGCCGGCAUGCGCUGCCUGGCCAUGUCGCUCAUCACCAACCGGGCAGUCAUGGACUACGAGAGCCAGGCCAAGGCCAACCAUGAGGAGGUCCUGGAGACCGCCCGCCAGCAGGCCGCGCAGCUCGAGCGACUGGUCGGCGCGCUGGUCGGCCGCCUGGAGCUGUGCCACAACUAGACCUUGUGAGGCGGGCCGUUGGGAGCGGUGUGCUCUUCCUGGUAAAUAUUUAAUAUUAAGCACCAAAAUUAGCGUCCCCUGGGAUUUUAUUCUUACAAACUCCAGUCCCCAAAGCUAAUUGAUUUUCUUAGGAGUGUGACAUCCAUCACUCAUAAGGAGGCGCAUUCCGUUUGAUUUCAAUGGUAUAGAAUGGAAAGCACAAGCAACUCAACCCAAAGCAGGUUGCACUUAGCAACAUGAAAUGUAAUAGCAAUUUUGCUUAUGAGUAGACACUCAAAAACGUCUGAAGAAAGAACAUCAGUCAGCCAUCGUGGCUCAAAGCCACCACUCAUUUCGGCCUCUUUGUAGACAAACUACACAUACAAUUUUCUUGAAAAAUUCCACUCCCAAAGCCAGUUAGUUGCCUUGCCACCACAAAAAGCAUUUGCGGCCUCCUACCAUACAGGCCCAAUACAAACUCCUGCAGUCAGUGUUGAUGAAAGCGACUAACCGCUGUUUCACUCAAAAAGCAACUUCUACUUUGAAUUGAGCUUGAAACCCUUGUACUACUUAUUCCGUAACUGAGUAAAGGGAUUUUUGUAAAAGGUGUGACACAAUAUUUAUCUCAAAAAUGUAUUUGAAUUGAGCAUGCUUUUCCUGGUUGCUAUAUGACGUUAAUGUUGAGACAUGUCAAAAGUGGACCGAAAUUGUGAGGAGAAAAAAAAAAGUCUUAACUGCACACGCACUUGACUUCCCCUUGAACGACUUAUGCCAUAAAUGACUUGCACAUUACAAA